UAGGGAACAACGCGUGGAGCUGGAGAAAGUUGAAAGUAGAGCGUCUCUUUUUUGCAAGUGAGAAACCAGGAGAGACCCAUAGGGAGUCCUAGCGUCUAGAGAGACAAAAAAAGAUACAGAAAAUGAGAAUCACAAAAGAAAACCAGCUUUCACACAAACAAACAGCACCAUCGACAAUAAGAAAGUUUCCUUUUGCCCCCGUUCCCUUUAAAAGUUUGAGCUAAAACAGCCAAAAACAAAAACCCCAAGUUCUCUCUCUCUCUCUCUCUCUCUCUCUCUUUUCCUCAUAGAUCCGCCUCUUUGCAAAGGGGUUUUGUUGCUUUAAUGAAGGAGCCACUUGUGGGAUCCAUGAAGAUUUCUGGGUUGUCCUUGUUUACCUGCCUGAUGGGGUCUCUUUAGUGAAUCACUUCAUUUCUUGGUUGGUUUGAUCGGUAGUUGUUUGUAAAGUUAAGGUCUUUCUAGUCUUUAUUGGUUGUUGUAUGCUGCGAUGCAAUCGGAUAGGUCCGAAUCCGCGAGUCCGAUAACCCAACGGGUUCAGUCUUUCCCAGCCGCUGAUACGAGAGGGAAGCAUCGGAUACAGGCUGAGCUGAAACGGCUCGAGCAGGAACUUAGGUUCUUUGAGGAAGAGCUGGAAAAGAUUGAAAAGAUGGAGAAGGCCUCAGCUGCAUGCAAGGAAAUGCUGAGCAAUGUGGAAACAAGACCUGAUCCUUUGCUCCCAACAACAAAUGGCCCAAUAAAUCCAUUUUGGGAUCGUUGGUUUGAAGGCCCGCAAGAUUCAAAAGGUUGCAGAUGCUGGAUACUGUGAUGGUUAUUGCUGAUUUGAAGAAUUGAUUUCAACCAUCAGAUACGACAGAGGCUUCAACUUAAUACAGAAAUCAGUCUUGGAACAAAAGUUUCUUUUUUAUUUAGUCAGUUACAGCUUGAGAUGGAUACUGUCAUUGGCAAAUGUUUCAUGGAAUACUCCGUUGUGCAUAUGAGGAUUUUAUAUCAAAACGUUUAUUGGCAAAUGAUUGAAAUGCUUAAUGGUACAGAUAACAAUUUUAUUGCA